AUGCUGCACUCAGCCACCGAGUCAGCGAAGAAGAUCUUCGCACCAACAAGCAACUCAGAAGACCCCGGCCAUGCAACUCAGUACAACAAAGGCGCACUAGACCGUCAGGACCUCCUCCCCUCGCCAACCGACCAAUUCCACAAGUGGUUCGAGGAAGCGCAAGCCAACAACGUGUACCAGCCUGAAACCGUCGUCUUAUCCACCGCAGAACUACCCAGCGGAAGAGUGUCAGCACGCACGCUCUACAUGAAAGAGCUGGACGAGCGCGGCUUUGUCAUCUACUCAAACUUCGAUACAAGUCGCAAGGCGAGCGACAUACGAAGCAAUCCUCAUGCGGCAUUGACUUUCCACUGGCGCGAACUGGAGCGUCAAAUUCGUGUCGAAGGAACAGUAGAGCGGCUUACGAAUGAGGAGUCGCAGGUUUAUUACGAUACGAGGAUUCGUGGUUCAAGGAUUGGCGCGUGGGCAAGUCAGCAGAGUAGUGUGAUUGAGAGUAGGGAGCAGCUAGAGAAGAGAGUAGAGGAUGUAGAGAAGAGGUUCGAUGGCAAGGAUAUGAUCCCCGUGCCGGAGUUUUGGGGCGGGCUGAGAAUUGUGCCGGAUAUGGUGGAGUUUUGGCAGGGACGGCCAAGUCGACUCCAUGAUCGCUUUGUUUACAGGAAGGUUGGCGGGGAGGACAACACCGAGAAGAUGAAGGGGGCAGAGUGGAAGAUUGAGAGGCUGAGCCCGUAA